AGCGACCAAGUAAACAGUGUUUCUGUGGACAGCAAUGCCACUGGGAUUUGGCUGUAAAGUGGAAAGUAGGAGACUGACUCUAGCAGCUAUAGCACUUCAGGAACACAUCACACACAAAAUAUCUGUUGGAUACCAUCCCCAUAAGCUCCAUGUGUCAGACGCCUCCUGCCCUGCUGCUGGUGGGGCUGCACAUGCUAGCAGGAGAAAUAAAAGCCAGAACUCCAGGCAGGCACAAGGAAAAGAGGAGAGAGAGUAUGUGCUGGAUCCUGCUCCUCCACGUCUGACUCUUGCACAGAGGAUGGGUCUAGUUGAGGCUCCUUCACCAAGACUAACUGCAGAGGAGUGGGCAGAGGUUAAAACCAGGUCCAUCCUGGAGGGAGAUUCAACCCAACCCUGUGCCAUAUGCAGGGAGGAGUUUCGUCUGCAACCACAGGUUCUACUCUCCUGUUCACAUGUAUUUCACAAAGUUUGCCUGAAGUCUUUUGAGAAGUUCUCAGGCAAGAAGUGUUGCCCAAUGUGCAGAAAAGAGCAGUACGAGACAAGGGUGAUCUAUGAUGGUGCUAGGCUCUAUCGGGAAAAGUGUGCUCUCAGAAUACAGACUCUCUGGCGGGGCUACGUUGUUCGCAAAUGGUACAGCAACAUAAGAAAGCAUGUGCCUCCAAAAGACCAACACUUAAGAAGAAGAUUCUUUGAAAAAAAGUUUCAGGAGAUGAACGAAAGCUUGGUGCAGUCAUGCAGCACAGACGUGGAAGAGUUUCUGAACGAUAUCGACCGCUCGGUGGCCACGAGCCAUGAUAUCCUGCGCCACUUCAACAACAAGUACACGAGGAUAAGAAUGGAGGAUGAGGACUGGCUGCAAGCUCAAAAAAAGGCUGUCCAGCGAGGUGUCCAGGACUGUCCAAUCUGCCUGAACCAUUUGACCUCACACAAGGGCUCGUCUAAGGAAAACCGAAACAUCCUCUUAUUGUCUUGUUCGCAUCUCUUCCAUGAAGUAUGUCUGCAGGCCUUUGAGCUUUUCUGCCAGGAGGUGAAACCUACAUGUCCUCUCUGCCGCUCACACUAUCACAAAAUGCUUGUUGCCUGCAACCCUGAUGCUCCAGUACAUUUCUUAAAUGAGAUGAACUAAAAGAAUAUUUUAGACAACAAUUAAGUAAGUUGUCAUUUACUGAGCCUGGUGUUGUUUUAAUACCACCCUCCUUUCUUUUUCAAACCACAAAAGGAAUGUCCAUUUAAAUGGGGUUAAUUUGUUAAUAAAGGUUCAGCGGGGAA